GGACAGAGACACGAGCUCUGCUUGCUCUCAUUGCCCAAGAUGAGGACUCACCUGCUUUGGUUGUUGCCCCUGAUUCUGCUGGGAUCCUCUGCCCAGGCGUUGAAGUGUCAUGAAUGCAGUGGUAUAGAGGACUGCUACAAGCCUAAGACUUGCUCCAGCCAGAGCCUCUACUGCUUGACCAACUGGUAUACACCGCCAGGUCAGCAAACGACUGUGACAAAAACAUGUGCAUAUACCUGCCCUGACAUUAAUCAUGUCACAGCCAACUCCAAGUCCUCCUGCUGCAACACGGACCUCUGCAAUAGUGCCAGGAACCUCCACGUCAGUUGGGGAUUGCUGGCCCUCGGCCUCUGCUAUAUCUAUCUCAGCCAGUAGGUGCCGAGCUCCCACAGGGGCUCACAAGCUGCAGAGUUAAGAGUUGGAGUUUGGUGCCAUCAUGCAACCGGAAUGUGUAGCCAUGGGUGGGGCACUUCUUGAACUCCAAUCAGAAGGAUUCCAAGAGGCAACCUCACAGAUGUGGCUGAUAGAGACCGUGGCCCCUGUCCAGAGUGCUGCAUUCAGAACUCUUGUCUGAGAGGCAUGUGGAUUUCUGAGUUCGAGGCCAGCCUGGUCUACAAAGUGAGCUCCAGGACAGCCAGGGCUACACAGAGAAACCCUGUUUCAAAAAAACAAAACAAAACAAAACAAAACAAAACAAAACAAAAAACAGAACUCUUGUCUGCAAGCUGGUCAUCUGCUGGCCCCCAAGAGCUGGUUUAAGGAAGCUGUCACCUGUUACUGGGGGCUGAGGUAGGCCCCUCAGGAGGCCCAACAAGCUAUUUUGGCCUGGCUUUUCCCCCCACAUCCCAUGGCUCCCUCUAACUACCUCAGAGGAACUGAACCACUUCAAAAGAGUUGAGCUUCAUUGCAUCUGUACCUGCUGACUGGUGGCCCAGUAGUGAAGUGUGCUACUUUAACCUGAAUUCAAAGACGCUUGACAGAUGGAAACCCUAUGGAGAGGCCUCCCUUCUGGCUGUGGGAGAAGGGCAGAUGCUGGGACAGAUUAGUUUGAACAAGGUGUGGGUCAGACUGGUUUCAGUAAGAUUGUUGCACGAGACGCCAGCCAUGUAGCCAUGUAGUCCCAGCAUACCUCACUCCUGGGGUGGACCCUGAGGAUUCUAUCCUGAGGCAACACCAAGCUCCUCAGGACUUCAGGAGCCCCUGUGAACCCCAGUCUAUUCUGGAGCAAAGAGCAUCCAGAACUGUCCAACUGUGAGUGAAGCCUGAAGCAUUUCCUCUCUUCUCUGCUUGUGGUCCAGCUCCAGGACGCCAUCAGUCAGCCCUAGGGAUUGUACAUCCUCCAUCAAAGAGAGCCUGUCCCCGUUCAGUGCGUGCCUGCCUCUCUCCUCAUCUCUGAAAGCCUGGCCAACACCUUGCCCCAGUGAAGAGAAUGGAUCUGGGAACUAGAUUCUAAGCUGGCAGCAGUUUUGGUGGGUGACUCCAUUGACUGGAUUCUCCCUAACUCUCUAGAGCCAGGCUUGACCGAAAGGUGCCUACAUGGCAUUGUUCCCUCCUUCUUACACAAGGGUGUGUUGUGAGGCCCUGGGAACCAAAAGAGGGCCAAACUCAGGUGACUGCCUGCUUGUCACCUCAGUGAGUGUCAAAGUGCAGUACUACUUAAUGAAGGCAGAUAGGCUGCUCCUGGACACAUGAUUGGGAAGGGCAAGCUGGUGGACGAGCUCAGAUCCUUACUUGGUGCAGGUCCCAAGGCCCCUAGGGAACGACAGCCUUCUGCUGAAGAGUGGUGCUUGGAACUGAAAUUUGGUAGACUGGAGUUUCUUUUUUUUUUUUUUUUCAUAAAACAGUUUACUCAAAUUUGAGAAUAAAUCUCCUUUUAAAACUGAAUUG